UACCGUGACAGCAGAAUAUAGUGUCCAGAACAUAGAAAUUUAUACAAGUGACUAAAAAUUUUUUUAUUAAAGCAUAAAAGCCUAAUAUUAUCUACAAAAAACGACUUCUGAGUGCCGAAGGUAUAAAAUACUGCAGGUGUAAGUACGCAAAAGACAACUGACUGCAGGGCUAUGAUCAGCAUGGAGCUUCCGGCACACUCAGGGCAGCAUGGCAGCGUCGGCGGCCUUCACAUGGGUAUUGGCGUUUCCGUUAGCUCUAGUGAUUCUGUCGCACUAACACCCUUGCACCCACAUGGGCAGGAUGGUCUCGUUCAUCUUCAUCAUCACAAUCAUAACGCUACAACACCUGGAGGUAUGCACGAGGAAUCCAAGAAAAACCAUGACGGAAGUCACGGAAUAAAUCAAGAUGGCCAUGGAGGAGUAAACCAACUUGGCGGUGUCUUUGUGAACGGGAGGCCAUUACCAGACGUGGUAAGACAGAGAAUCGUUGAGCUUGCACAUAGCGGUGUUCGACCAUGCGACAUCUCUCGACAACUCAGGGUAUCUCAUGGCUGUGUAUCAAAAAUACUAUCAAGGUAUUAUGAGACUGGUAGUUUCAAGGCCGGUGUCAUAGGUGGUUCAAAACCUAAAGUAGCUACACCACCGGUAGUUGAUGCAAUUGCUAACUACAAAAGAGAUAAUCCUACAAUGUUUGCUUGGGAAAUACGUGAUAGAUUACUUGCUGAAGGGAUCUGUUCGCAAGAUAAUGUGCCAUCCGUCUCUUCUAUCAAUCGAAUUGUAAGGAACAAGGCGGCAGAAAAGGCAAAACAUGCGCAUCAACAACAACAAGCACAACAGGGCCAACCGCAGCAGCAACAACAACCACAACAACAACAACAACCAGGUACAGGUGGUUCGGUAUCUGUAAUAGCGCAUGCGCCGGCGACAACUGGAGGUCACCCAGCUGCCACCGCCCCCAAUGCGUACAGCAUUAGCGGUAUCCUUGGCAUUCCAGCUCACCACCAGGAUCCUAACGGCAACAGUAUUAAGAGAAAGCGAACAGACGAAGAUGAUAAUCGAGACUUAGGCAAUCACUCUGAAGAUGAUCUCAAGAGACAAAGAAACAAUUACAACGGUGAUCAGCUUUACUCUAAUCUGUGGUCGAGUAAAUGGAGCAUCAAGGACGAGCACAAACUCUUGAAUGAGCUAAGCGGUGGAGUUGGCGGUGGCGGUGCGGGAGGUGGUGGUGGAGGCGGCAAUGGUACAGGCAGCAGUUCGAGUAAUGGUGGCAAUGCAGCAAACUAUUACGAACAUGGUGGAUUCCCUGCCAAUAGUAUUGCAACUUCAGCCGACCUCUAUGACUCCCUAGGAACCAUCAGUACUAUGACGCAGGCACAGACAUCACACCUGUACACACCCCCCAUAGGUGGCAGCAUAGGUGGUAAUUUAACGCCGCUUGCCCCACUGACGAUGCAAGAACUAAAAUUGAGCCAAACAUUGGAUGGGGCUAAUAUAUCUCCUUACCACACCACUGAGAGCGGCAAUGUGGCGGUAUCGUACGUGGGUGUGGGAGCCGGUGGGGGCGAGCAGAGUCCGCCGAUGGCAAUGCAGAACGAGGCGAGCGCCGCCCCCGCGGCUCCCCAGACACCACAAGGUGGGGAUCCCGGUCUCACAGUUCUGCAGCCACCCGUCUCCCAGCCUCAGGUAGCCUCUGCGAUUCCGCCCUACUCCACAAUGCUACCUAGUUUUGGGCACUAUACUACUGGUGGUGGUGAUUAUGCAUACAGCGCAGCGUACUCGCAAUACUCUAGUGCACCUUAUGGCGGUUAUAGCUACGGCACAGCGACAGGCGGGUUGCUCAAUUCGACAUACUACUACUGCAACGGGGACACGCUGGCGUCUUCCCAACACAGCGGUGGUAAUGGAUUGCAACAUACGGCAGACGUGGCGUCACGCUCGCCAUUAGCAGCGACCAGGGCAAGUAGCGGAGCGAGUGCUGCCUCACCAACAGGCAGCGCUUGCACCAAACCCGAUCACUCGCAGACUUCAACCGACAUGUAUCUUGCUUAAUUAUUUGGCCUGGACAUUGAUGAACCGAAUAAUUAAGUUGCGAGUUAUACCGUCCGUUUCCAAUUACACGAAAUGCCACAUUCUGUGAAUAUUUAAAAAAAAAACAGGUGAUAGUGGCAUCGAAAAGCAUGAAGAAUGAAGAAUAACUGAAACAUAGGUCGAGUUCACUGGAAUAUAAUGUACUGAUCUCUAGACUCGCACAGUUGCUACCGCGUAUCACAUUGCUAUCACGAUUGAUACGCAUAACGAGCCGACCGCGCUCCUCUCGCCAAGUGCACAAGUCUUACCUUAGAUAGUUUAAUUUAUCAGCAUGAAUUAGCACGAUUUUUGUUUUUUUUCACUAAGAAGAC